AUGGAUCUCACCGAUCGCCGUCGCCAACAUAUUCACAAUUUUCUCAUGUGGCACCGCAACAACGCUCUGGGAAUUGAUUUCGAUGAUACGGUGCCCAACACGAAUACCACCACGUUCGGCAAUACCACCGCGCAGCAAACUGCAAAUCUAAAACGAGCCAAUAUUGCUGCA